UACCGGCGACAACAGCGCAGGAAACCCGCGAAAACAUGUUCUGGCACGAAAAACAAGUGCAGACGUGACGAAGCGAACAAAAACUAAGCCUGCCAGUCUGCCUUCAACACAAGAAUGCCAGUGAUCAAAUGUAAAGGGGUCAGUAUCGAGUUCCCCUUUGACCCCUAUGACUGCCAGCAAGAUUACAUGAACAAGGUUGUGGAAUGUCUGCAAUCCGGUAAGAAUGGCAUUCUGGAGAGCCCCACGGGUACAGGCAAGACCCUGUGCCUCCUGUGCUCUGCUCUGGCCUGGAGGAACACCUACAUCUCCCAGCAAGAGUUGGGCCGAUGCCUGCAGGGGGACGGAGGGGGUGGGGGACAGGGGGACGGAGGGGGCUUCAGGCAGAAACUGGCUGCCGAGCUGAAGGAAGGAGCAGGGACCUGGGCCGAUGGACAAGAAGGAAUGUUUGUUGAUCGUCCCAGGAUAAUCUACGCCUCCAGGACUCACUCCCAGCUAUCGCAGGCCGUUGAUCAAUUGAAGGAUACAGCAUACAGGCCACGAGUGGCGGUCAUUGGGUCAAGAGAACAGCUGUGUAUUCACCCAGAUGUGCAGAAGGCAGAAAGCAACUCAGUAAAGGUUCACAUGUGCAGGGCCAAAGUCGACAGUAGAAUGUGCCACUUCUACAAUAGUCUCGACCAGAAAAAAGCCGACAAGGCAUUUACAGACAAUAUCCUGGACAUCGAAGACCUUGUGAAACUCGGAAACACUCACAAAGUAUGUCCUUACUACAUGGCGCGUGAGUUGAAGACCAACGCGGACAUCGUAUUCAUGCCUUAUAACUACCUCCUAGAUUCCAAGGCGCGACGCAUCCAUGGUGUCGAGCUGCAGGGCAACGUCGUCAUCUUUGAUGAGGCACACAAUGUCGAGAGGAUGUGUGAGGAGAGCGCGUCUUUUGACCUGACCUCGUUUGACCUGGCCUCCUGCGUGGAGGAGACGGAUCACCUACUGAAGAAGACCGUGGAAGUGGAGAUGUGCAACCAGCAAUUCAGAGCGGCUGAUGCUGGUGGAGAGGGUGAAUUUGAUGCAUCUGCACUAGCUACUUUGAAGAAAUUGUUCCUAGAUCUUGAGAAUGAAAUCAACAGUAUGAACCCACCCGAAGCAGGCAUCACUAAGCCAGGAAGUUUCAUCUACGAGUUGUUUGCCAAGGUGCGCAUCACCUUCGACACCAAAGUGGAACUUCUGCAGCUCCUGGAGAAGAUCGUCUCGCAUCUAACCACAAGUUCAACUGCAUUCCACAACAAAGCAGCAGGUCUCCAAAAAUUCUGUGACGUCAUUAAUAUUGUUUUCAACAAAGACACUCCUUCGGGAUCGGUGUCCGAAGCAAGUAGGUGCUACAAGGUCCACGUCAGAGCCUCUGCCCCUCAGAAGAAAUCGGGACGCACGGAUUUGUGGACAAGCAACAACCCGGCAAAAGCCAAGAAACAAGGCUACACUUUAAGCUACUGGUGUUUCAGUCCUGGUUUCAGCAUGAAGGAUCUAGUGUCUCAGGGAGUUCGGAGCAUCAUCUUGACCAGCGGCACCCUGUCGCCUCUCAACUCGUUCAAGUCGGAGCUCCAAAUUGAUUUCCCGAUCCAGUUGGAGAACCCUCACGUAAUCUCCAGAAACCAGAUGACCGUGGCCGUCAUGACCAAAGGGCCCGACGGCACAGUACUUAAUUCCUCCUACAACACGAGGUUCAACCGAGACUAUGUCAUGUCACUAGGAAAUGCAAUCGUGAACUUUUCCCGUCUGGUACCCAAUGGGCUCCUUGUGUUUUUCCCCUCCUAUCCCGUGAUGAACCAUGCUCUUGAUCAAUGGCAGGAAUCAGGGAUCCAGCAUCGCAUCACUCAGUACAAGGAAGUCUUUGUGGAACCGAAGGGGAAAGUGAACUUCAUAGCGACGAUUGAAUCUUUCUAUGAGAAGAUAAACGAUCCCAAGCUGAAUGGAGCCUGCUUCUUUGCCGUUUGCAGAGGAAAGGUAUCUGAGGGUUUAGAUUUUGCGGACAUCAAUGGUAGAGCGGUGGUCAUCACCGGCCUCCCAUUCCCACCAAGAAUGGAUCCGAAGAUCGUCCUGAAGAUGCAGUAUCUGGACGAGACCAGAAGAAGAAAUCAUAGCUCUCUGAGUGGCCAGGACUGGUAUCGUCAGCAAGCCUCACGAGCUGUCAAUCAGGCCAUAGGCCGGGUCAUUCGACACAAGGAAGACUUCGGUGCCAUCCUUCUCUGCGACACGAGGUUUUCCAACCGUGAAGCCAGGAACCAGCUUCCUUCCUGGGUACGCCCCUACGUCAAUGUCUACGACCAGUUUGGGAAAGGCGUGAAAGACUUGACAAACUUCUUCAAGGAGACAGAAAGAACGAUGCCCAAACCUCAGCCCAAGCAAGCCCGUUCCUCAGCCCCUGUUCGUAUCGAUCAAGCCCAGUGCGGACAGCAAUAUAUCGCAACGUCAUCGUCAUCUUCUGCUCCUCCGACUAAAGCUAAAUACAUCGACACACACGUCCCGAGUCUCAAGAGGAAUCGAGAUGGGAGUCACGUUUCGGAGGCACAGUUGAAGAUCAUGUAUGAAGACUCACGCCCCAAGCCGGCCAAGAAGAGUGCAGGCCUACUCAAUGCACUCAGCAGUGUGGAGAACACCCCAGAAGAGGAAGAAGAUGGCUUCCUUUCCCAGAGAAGCAGCCAGUCCAACAGCCAGCAAACAAAGCUCAUCAGACGACUCGAUCAGCAGAAGAAGAAAAAGAAGAUUGUCAUUAAACAACAAAAUGGAUUAGAUUCAGUUGACAAGACGUUGGAAGCACCCCAGCCAGCUGUGGCUGGCAAACCAGAGAUCAAGGGUAAAGAAGGCAACGUCAGCCUUGCAUCUGCUCAGGACUACAUUGCUCAGGUAAAGAAGACACUGAGUCAGGAUUCGUACAAGACGUUUUCCGGCAUCAUGCAGAAGUAUAAAAAGACUGACAACUUUUCAGAGAUGGUGGCAGGCAUCGCUGACCUCUUCACGGAAGAUGAGUCCAAAUACCCCCUCUUCAGAAAUUUCUACACGUUUGCUCGUCCUCAUCACAAGAAGCAGUUCCACUCUCUCUGCCUAAGUCUCACCGGCCAAGGAUGCGGCUACAAACCAGAGCACAGCAUCCCCCAAAAGAAGAUGGAGAAACAAAAACCUACCAACCUGAUCUCAUCAACAGAUAAAAGCAAAUCCAGUCUACCAGAGAAAACUUUUCAGCAGAAUGGGCCAAUCUCUUGCCAAGGCAUGACCACCGGAAAAGCCGGUAACCCUACAAAGAGACACAAGCCUGAUAGCCUCGACCUCGACAAAACUUCAGCCGAAAAAGACAGAGCUGAAUCUCACCAUUCUGAGCUCCAGACAGAAACUAUGCCAAGGAAGGGUUUACUUAGAGAUGGUUCCCUUUCAGGAGCACAUAGUUUCCAGCUUCAUCCAAAACGUGGAGUCACGGCAGAAUCCUCAGUUGACCCAGACAAGCCAGCUGCAAAGGGUCCAGUUCAGAGCCUGGUCAAAUCUGCUAUUUUGUCCAAGAAAGACUCAAGAAGUAUUCAAAUGGAUGCUGAACGGAGCAGUGCCUCACAGCUUGAAGCAGACAAGAGCACUGUCAACUCAGAUGAUGUCCUGGAGAAUGUUGGCCCCGCUGUCGAUGGAGAGUCGGUGAGAACUGGUGCGCUGGUGUGUACCUUCAAGAAACCACUUGAAAACAAACCGAUGUCUUCACGUCAAGAGGAAAGGUCAAGCAAAACAAGGUGUCAAGAAGAAAAAUCAUGUGACGGUCGAGCAAAGGAGGAGAUGCUUGGAGAUGAUAAGAGUGUAACCAAGAGCUCUGACAGAGCACCCUCUAAAGCUGUUAGCAUCUCUGAGAGAAGACCUUGUCCAGAAGAAUACUCAGGGGAAAAGGGACUUGGCAGCCAGGUUAGGAAGAGGAGUGACAGUUUGGAUUCCCGCAAGAGCUCCAACAGAGAUUGUGAAGUCACAAGCUCACAGUCUCAGGCCGCUGCCGCAUUCAAUCCUCACUCAUCUACUAGCAAUCCCACUGCUGCCACCAUAAAGCUGUCUUCCCAGACCUUGGAUGGUCCUGAGCAACCCCAACCAGUAACACAUACAGAUUCAUCAAGAAGCAAACCAGAACAAACACUACACAAGGAUGAUCCUUGUUAUUCUGAAGAGCCAAAGGAUGAAUUUAGAGACUCUCUAGGAGACGAAGAGGAACCCAUGUCCUUAGAAUCUAGCAUGGAUGAAGACGUCAUCCUUAAUGCGAGUGAGGAGCUCUUCGAUGAUACUUUUAAUACAUCUGACCCUGUGACAGGAAAAACGGAUGUUCUUCUUGGGAAUGAAACAGCCAGUAGGACAAAUUUAGGAACGGAUGCUAACCCUUCGCUUGGAGAAAAAGAAUCAGUUAAGAUAUGCAAUCAGCCAGGGCAUGAUCAACCUGUCACACAAGGACCCAACAGGUUGAGAAUUCAGAAGAUGGUUGAUCACGUGAAAAGGAGCAUCAGUAAUGUUGGCAGUCCGAAAAAACAGAUGCACAGUGUGAAAACUGAUACUUGUUUCUCGUCUCCAGUGAAGGAUGCAAGGAUUAAGUCAUCGUCGAAUGAGCAGGCAGAAUCAACUGAAACACAUCUUGAGAAACAGAGCAGGGAAAUUGAACCAGAAGCAAACCGGACCAUAACUGGGAAAGAAACAGCUUCCAAGACCUGUGUUCAUGUGGAGAAGCAUCAUUCACAAGAAAUAGUUUCACAGAUUUCAGAAAAGUUGAUAAACAGUCAUAAAAUAGGCGACAUGACUGAGCAAUCUUUAACAAAAGAAAAUGAAAAUCGUACCCUACAUAGAAAGAAAAUAAAAUCCUGCAGUAGUUCCAAGACGAAAUUGAGCGGGUCACAGGACGACUUCAAGUCACCAUCCAGGACCAAGUCAAGCAAAAAGAUCAAUUCCCAGAGAAGUCCUUCAAAGCUGAGCAGGAAAAGACAAGCUGAGAACUGUCCAGAAAUCACUCACAAGAAAAAGCUUAAAGAAGAUGAAACAAAAUCAAAGAAACUAAUUUCAGAGCACUUUGAUGAGGAACACUCGGAUCCUAAGGAGGGAGAAGAAAGUAUCCAAGAAGAUGUAGAUUGCAAAAAGCUGAGAACCCCUCACAAGAAAUUAAAGAAGCUGUCAAAAUUAAACUCGGAGUGCAAAAGUACCACCUCUUCUCCAAGUCAGUCGGUGGAUUUCCAGCGGCAAGCAGGGACACCAAAAUCAAAGAAAGAAAAGCUCAACAAAAAGAAGAGCAGUAAGUUGGUUGAUUCUUCGGACAGUAAGCACACUCCAGCGACAUCGACGAAGGUCCAGAAAGGACCCAAUGGCUCCCAAAGCAGAACAUCUCGUUACGACAGUGAUGCAGAGAGCAAGGAGAAAUCUCUAGAGAAGCGUCCAGCAGAGGUCGAAGACAACAGCAAAGUGGUGUCCAAAGAGUCUUUCCUGGGGGAAUCAGCGAGCUCAAGUCACUCCAAGAGAACUGGAGACUGUGCUUUAUGCAAGAAGACUGCCUGGCCAGCCUACCGAGGUCCCUGCGGUCAUGUAUCCUGUCAGACAUGCUGGCAGGCAUACAUCAGGGAGUUUCAUGAAUGUCCCGCUUGUGGUUCACAUACCGAGGAAAAACAUCUCGUAGCAGUUUGAUGGAGGAGAAAAGACAAUAAUACGUGCAGUUGAAGCCUUUUAGGUAAGCGUGGAGAACUUAUCAAAGAUACUUAAAACGGCAAUUUAUUCAGGCGUAUUUAAGUUAAACCCGGUGAGAAAGAUGUGAAGGUUUUUGGUCAGGAUCACAUAAUAAUUUUAUUGGUUAUAGUCACUGUAAACGUGCGAUGAUAUUUUUGUCAAUUUCUCAUUCCUUGAUUUGUUAUUGAUACUGGUAACAAAAACUGUUACCCAAUUUUCCAAACUCUGCCAAAAAUUGACGUACAUUGGUGUAUCAUUAGUGGGCUUAAGGUUUAAAUGGCAAGACUUUUUUUUUUUGAAGAAUUAAUGAAAUAAUUUGAUAUUUAUUCACACAAAAUACAUUAUAUCAAAGGUUGGGAGAAUGCGUAACAGCUGUUUAAUCAAAAUUGUCGCAAUUUUUGUUUUCAUUUCAUGGAUUUAUCAUGCAUUUAAAACAACCAUUAUCUUGUGUACACAAAUAAUUCCAUGGAGUUCUCUUUUAAUGAGUUGAUAAGGUGUUUUUUUUUCUUCUGAAGCGUACCGGUAUUAAAUUAGAAUAAUGUUAUCAUGUUUACGUGUAAAUUCCAAAGUUAUAAAUUAUGAAUUCAAAAUUCAUUUUAUGCAGGUAAUAUUUGUAAAUUUUGUGCUAUGGUUUGGAAAGAAUUUGAAAGCCUUAUUAUGUAACUCGAAUGAAGCUACAUUGUUUAGUUAUAAAUAUGCAAAAUAUUUUAUUUUGGUGCCGACAAAAAAAUUGUUAACAGUACUUGUAAACAUGUAUUAUGCAUUAAGCAAGGUAAUGACCAUUUAAGCUGAACAAAUGCUCGAACGGGCAUUCAUGGAAAAGGUACGGAAAGUCAUGGAAUUUCUCCUAUAUGACUGCAAGACAAAAUUCAGGAUUUGUAAUAUCCCGGUGGUUAAUCUUUUGGCAGAUAAUCCCCUGGAUAAUUUUUCCCCGGAUGGUAAUCCAUAGACUUGUAAUCCAAAAGCUGAUUGUCAACAAGCUUGAUAGUCAACAGGCUGAUGGUCCACAGGUUUGUUGUAAAAGGGUUAUUAAUAUGAAUGAGGGUAAACUCUGGCCAGAUAAUCCUUUCUAGGAGGUGGUAAUCCGUCCCCAGCUGGCAAUCCGCAGGCUGACAAUUUUACAUGCUGAUAAUUUAUAUGCUUGCAAUCUUCAGGAUAUUAACCUCAAUCUGUUUUACGGCUGAUAAUCCCUUAGAACAAGUUUUCUUCAGGCUGGUCAAAGGCAGUAAUCCCUCAGGUGUGUUGUAGAAGGGCUGUUAAUCCAUGGUUGUUAAACUCUGGACAGAUAAUCCUAGGCUGAUAAUCCCCACAUGAGGCUCGCAGUUUGCAGGCUGGCAAUUUACAGGCUUUCAGUCUUCAUCUCAAUCUCCAGUUCGUUCAUCUCUUGGGAGAUAAACCAUUCCCAAGGAUGCUAAUCCACAGGAUAAACCAUUCCCAAGCAUGCUAAUCCACAGGAUAAACCAUUCCCAAGGAUGCUAAUCCACAGGCUUGGUAAUCCAAUGUUCUUAAUCAGGUUCUUAAUCUCUGGGUUGAUAAUCUCCAUGCUGCUAGUUCUCAGGCCAAAAGUCCCAAGGCUCAAUAACCAUGCAGCUGGUUAAUCUCUUGGAUUAUCCCAAAGCUAAUCCACAGGCUGCUAAUCCACUGGCUUGUCGUAUCAGGGAUCUUAAUCCAAACGUUGUUAAACUCUGGCCUGGUAAUCCAUAGGCUGACUACCUCCAGGCUGAUGAUCCGCAGUCUGGUAAUCCCCAAGCAGAUAAAUCCCAGGAUUACCAGCACUGGAAUCCGUACAGCUCGAGUCCAGGGAGACGAUCUCAUCGAGAGCAGCGUCAGUCGACGAGGCCCGACGGCUGGGCUCGCUGGCUAGGCUAGGGGUAGCCGCUGUGACUUGUAUCAUAGGAGCAUGGGGUUGGGUGAGCCCCAGCCAUGCAUUUGUGCCGUAGCCAUGUCCUGCAGUCAUGGUACAUGAAGUGAUGAGCGUUGCUGGAUCAAGAAGAGAGGAGGGAAAAGGGCAAAGCUUAUUAAAGUACGCAAAAUUCUAUUCAAUUGCUCAGAAUGGCUAUUCACUGGAAGUCUUAAUGCAUCUCAUCUGUCUACCCAAUGGGCUAGAUGUAGCUCAUUCAUUGACGCUACCAGAAGAGUAACAAGUGACGGGGAGUCAGUCGGUCAGGGAGUCAGUCAGUCAGUGGGAUAGGUACGAAGAGGACUCUACGCUGGCUCUCCGGUACCAGCACAAAGUUGUGUUAGUGACUGAUUUGGGGCGCCUGUGGAAAAUAAAAAUGGAAUGAAUUUAUAGUCCAGUUCUGUUAAUGAGUACACAAGCACGUGUAUACGCCAUUUUGAAAAAUAAAAGGAUGCAAGAAAUAGCCUACAUGUACAUUUAGAUUAAGUUUAGUCUGUAAUUAUUUCGUAUUCAUUGCAAGAAAUGUAGAAUUUAUAUUGAGCUGUAAAAGUGUAAACUAUUGUAUUUAUUAAGUUUUGCAUUCAUUUGGCAGACCUUAUCAUAGUGUAAAUUUAAUUAUUUUAUUGGUACGUGACCGUACGUCAAUAAAAAUGGUACAAAAUAUGUACGCCAUUGUGACAAGUUCAA